GCUGCUGCAGCUUUUUAAAUGUCAGCCAAACUGCUGAGUUUUCUGGAAACUGUCUUCUUCUUCUUCUUCUCUACCUCAAACCGUCUCCUUUAUUUUAACCGUAACGGUGAAGAAAUGUUUUUGCUGACGUCACUGCGGAGGAUUUAACGCGUGUUCGUCUUUGUAGUGGAAGUUGAAUCGUUCACCUGUCAGUUCAGUUCAGUCACCAUGAGAAGUCGCAGCAACUCUGGCGUUAAACUGGACAACUAUGUCCGGAUAGUUAACCAGACCAUCCUCAAACACCAGAAUCCAGUGACGGGUCUUCUUCCGGGUAGUACCGAUCAGCCGGACGCCUGGGUCAGAGACAAUGUUUACAGUAUCCUGUCAGUGUGGGCACUUAGUCUGGCUUACAGGAAGAACGCUGACCGCGAUGAGGACAAGGCCAAGGCCUACGAGCUGGAGCAGAGUGUGGUGAAGCUGAUGAGAGGAGUCCUUCAUUGCAUCAUGAGACAGCUGGACAAAGUGGAGAAGUUCAAAUACAGCAAGAGCACGUCGGACUCGCUCCACGCCAAGUACAACACCAGCACGUGCGCGCCGGUGGUGGGAGACGACGAGUGGGGUCACCUGCAGGUCGACGCCACCUCACUCUUCCUCUUCUUCCUCGCUCAGAUGACCGCCUCUGGUCUUCACAUCGUCUACACGCAGGACGAGGUGGACGUCGUCCAGAACCUCAUGUUCUACAUCGAGGCAGCUUACAAAGUGGCAGAUUAUGGGAUGUGGGAACGAGGAGAGAAAACCAACCAGGGCAUCACUGAACUCAACGCCAGCUCUAUAGGCAUGGCCAAGGCUGCGCUCGAGGUUUUGGACGACCUGAACCUGUUUGGAGCUAAAGGAGGACCAGGAUCUGUGGUUCAUGCUUUAGCUGAUGAUAUUCAGCACUGCCAGUCCAUCCUGACGUCCAUGUUACCCAGAGCGUCCAUCUCUAAAGAGGUGGACGCCGGCGUCCUCGCCAUCAUCUCAUAUCCGGCCUUUGCUGUGGAGGACAUGAGCAUCGUGAACAUGACCAAAGAGGAAAUCAUCUCCAAACUGCAGGGUCGAUACGGCUGCUGCAGGUUCCUCAGAGACGGACACAGAACUCCUAAAGAGGAUCCAAACAGACUUUAUUAUGAAUCUGCAGAGCUGAAGUUGUUUGAGAACAUCGAGUGUGAGUGGCCGCUCUUCUGGACCUACCUCAUCCUGGACGGCAUUUUCAUCAACUGUCCUGAACAGGUGCAGGAGUACCAGGAGGCUCUGGACAGAAUCCUGAUCAAACAGAAGGACGGGAUCCGGCUGGUUCCAGAACUUUACAGCGUUCCUGCUGAGAAGGUGGAGGAGGAGUAUGAGAAUCCUCACUCUGUGGAGAGAGUUCCUCAGGGUAAAUGUCCUCUGAAGUGGGGACAGUCUCUCUACAUCCUGGGGAAACUUUUAUCUGAGGGUUUUCUCGCUCCAGGAGAGAUCGACCCUCUGAACCGUCGUUUCUCCACCGUCCCUAAGCCUGACGUGGUCGUUCAGGUUUCACUCCUGGCAGAGACUGAGGAGAUAAAAGAGCUGCUGCUGAAGAACGGGAUCGAGGUGGAGACUGUGGCCGACAUCUAUCCCAUCCACGUCCAGCCGUCCAGAGUCCUGAGCCACAUCUACGCCCGACUGGGACGGAACCCCAGGCUGGGUCUGACGGGUCGACCCUACAGGAGGAUCGGAGUCCUGGGAACCUCCAAGUUCUACAGCAUCAGGAACUCUGUGUUCUCCUUCACGCCUCAGUUCAUUGACCAUCAGCAGUUUUACCUGGCGCUGGACAACAAGAUGAUCGUGGAGAUGCUGAGGACAGAGAUCUCUUAUCUGGCGUCCAGAUGGAGGAUGACGGGGCGACCCACCGUCACGUUUCCCAUCUCACAGACCAUGCUGACUGAAGACCACACCAACCUGGAUCCUGCCGUCUUGGCGACACUGAAGAAGCUUCAGGACGGUUACUACGGUGGAGCCCGGAUCCAGACGGGAAAAAUGUCAGAGUUCUUCACCACUUCCUGUUUUGCUCACCUGAGUUUCCUGGACGGUAAGAGUCGCGGCAGCAUGAGUCUCCACAGCCACACGUGUGAUGCUGCUGCUGCUGCUGCUGCUGAUGAUGAUGAGGGUAGCGACGAUGGAAACGUGCAUGAGUUACGCUAUGACGAUGAGGCAGACGACCUGGCUCAGUACCUGGAUCAGCUGUUGGCUCACGCCGCUCCUAAGAAGCCCAAACAGCAGCAGCAGCAGCAGCAGCCUGUAGGUCUGAGCAGGUUCAAGGCCGCAGCGACUAAAACCAAGGAGUUGGUCGCGCUGAAGGCCAAGGCGGAGAACCUCAACGUCCAGAACGUGAACAUGUAUCUGGCCAACAAACUGUUCCGCUCCUCUCAGCCGCCGCUCAACCUGAACCUGCCGGACUCUUCUGAACCACAGCAGACUCAGGGUCCCAGCGUGUCGGUCGCGGCGCAGAGUGGGAUUCCUCGAGACGCGACGGGAGCCAUCGAUUACCAGGCUUUGGUUCAGCUGCUGGGAGACACUCAGAGUCUGCAGGACCAGGCGGACAUACUCUACAUCCUGUUUAAAGACAAAGGGAUGGACUGGGACACUCAGCUUCAUGGUAAAGGCUCCACAGUUCGCUCGCUGCUCACUGACCUGUAUGAGAAGGUGGGCGAGCUGAAGCUGUGGGGCCUCGUCAGGAUGAUCUCUGGACUGUUGAGGAAGAAGGUGGAGGAGCUCGACUCGGCCUGCUCUGAUUUGCUGGCUCAUCAGAAGCACCUGACCGUGGGUCUUCCACCUGAACCCAGAGAGAAAACCAUCACUGCUCCUGUUCCUCCUGAUCAGCUGGCUGCUCUGAUCGACGAGGCCAGUGACAACAACAUCAGCGUGGCCAUCCUCACUCAGGAGAUCAUGGUUUACCUGGCGAUGAGCAUCAGGACUCAGCCCAGUCUGUUCAGUGAGAUGUUCAGGCUCCGCAUCGGCCUCAUCAUCCAGGUCAUGGCCACUGAACUCGCACAGUCGCUCAACUGCUCAGGAGAGGAGGCCACAGACUCUCUGAUGAGUUUGAGUCCGUCUGAACUGAAGAAUCUUCUGCACCACAUCCUGAGCGGCAAAGAGUUUGGAGUGCAGCGCAGCAUGAGAGAGAUGGACACAGGAGUCGGUCCUGCCAUCUCCAUCCAUCACCUGGGCAACGUCGGCGCCACCAAGAGCGAGAGAGUGGGAAUCAGCAAACUGAAGAGCGACAUGAGGAUGUUGGAUCAGUCGCUGCCUCCUCAGAAGGGAAUUACUUCACAGUCUCUGGACAUUGACAACGUCGACUCCGGGAGAUACCGGCUGCCGUCCAUCGAGUCUCUGGACGUUCCCGACAGCGCCCCAGUUUCCAAGGACACCAAGCAGGGACAGUGGGUGCGCAGGCGGCGGCUGGACGGCGCUCUGAACCGAGUCCCCGUCGGCUUUUACCAGAAAGUCUGGAAGAUUCUUCAGAAGUGUCACGGUCUCUCCAUCGAAGGCUUCGUCCUUCCUUCUUCCACCACCAGAGAGAUGACUCCAGGAGAGAUCAAGUUCUCCGUCCACGUGGAGACGGUGUUGAACCGCGUCCCUCAGCCGGAGUAUCGGCAGCUGCUGGUGGAGGCCAUCCUGGUCCUCACCAUGCUGGCUGACGUGGACAUCCAGAGCAUCGGCUCCAUCAUCCACGUGGAGAAGAUCGUCCACCUGGCCAACGACAUGUUCUUGAAAGACCAGAUGGACCUGGGAGCAGAGGAGCACAUCCUGGACAAAGACCCGUCCACCGGCGUGUGCCGGCUGCUGUACGACAGCGCCCCCAGUGGCCGCUACGGGAGCAUGACUUACCUCACCAAGGCGGUGGCGGUCUACGUUCAGGACCUGCUGCCCGGCGGCUCGUGUGCCGUCCAGUGACGCGCAGGAAACUCUUUCAACGCCGAGAAACGUACAAAGCAUUUUACACUCAAGCAAAAAAAAACAAAAAAAACAGAACAGAAGUAUUUAGCGGAAAACACGGUACUGCCGUCGCCUAGCAACAGAGCCCCAGCGUCGCUAAUCAGGAAACAAACAAAACAAAAACAGCUAGUUUGAAAAACGACUUUGUCGUAGUUUCUGCCUCUUUUUAAAAACGUAGAAAUUAAGUGAAGGUUCCACACAUAUACACAGCUUCUGUGCUAAGCUAUGCUAAGCUAUGCUAACCUUCUGCAGCUCUCGACAGAACAUUAACGUCACUUUUCCCGUCUUCCCUUAAACAAUGUAGUGAAAUUUCAUAAUUUUCACAGUCGUAUUCACAGAUUUAAUUCAAUUUUUUUUUACCUCGUCUCCAUGGCAACACGUCACUAAACCACAGUAAGUGUACGAGGGUGAGUCAACGAUCAUAAACGCUGUAACACAAACAUGUCAGAGAACACAAAGCACUUUACAGGACGUACAAUAAACCUAGAGAAACCAUGAAUAAAAGCUAAAACAUUUACUGUAACAGUUUAUUUAUUAAAAAGCCUUAACUUUGUGUGUGUGUGUGUACUGUGUGAGAAAGUUCAGGAUUAAUGUUAAAUUAGAUUCAGAUUCAGUGUCCACACUAUCAUUUUUAGGAAUUCUCUGAGAAGAAUGAGUCGUUAACGAGUUAAUUUUUCCCGUCUGUCGCGGAGAGAGAGAGAAAAAAAAACUUUAAUUUCUCCGUCUUUUUAACGACUUAAUGUUGUUGUUGAGAUGAUGGUCACACUCCAUGUCCACUGUUUGUGUUUGAGCUAAAUCUGUAAUAAAAGAGAGAAAAUGUU